UCCUGUAGACACCAGUACUUGUCAGACCACUCCUGUAUACACUCUACAGCUCUCCUGGCCGCUCCUGUACCCUGUAGAACUCGCCUGACCGCUCCUGUACCCUGGGGAGCUCGCUUGACCACUCGUGUACCCUGUACAGCUCGUUUGACCACUCCUGUACCCCUGUGGAGCUCGUUUGACCACUCAAGUAGAUACCAGCGCUCGUUUGACUCAGGGAUUCGUCUGUUCAUCCACAAUCGACAUGUUAUACUUCACAAGGGUAGCGGUGUUGGUGGUGUUGGUCGGCGCUGGGUCAUCACAGCUUCCUGAGACAUAUCCAGACGUUCCUCCUAAGUACGAGUACAACUACGGCGUCGUAGACCAACACACGGCCAACAACUACGCCCUGCAGGAGUCCCGCGACGGGGCCAACACGGCCGGGCGGUACCACAUUGCUCUUCCGGACGGACGGGUCCAGAUUGUGACGUACACGGCCGACGAGAAUGGCUUCGUAGCUCAGGUGGACUUUCAGGGGGAGGCUGUCUACCCUGGGCCACCUCCCUACCAGCCAGCCCCAACCCCCUACCAGCCAGCCCCACCCCCCUUCCAGUCAGCCCCACCCCCGUUCCAGCCAGCCCCACCCCCUUACAACCCUUUCCCCUUCCCUCGUUAUCAAUAAACAUUUACACAACCUAGAAUACCUUUUCCAAGUGCCUUAAUCCAUACAAUCUCACCCUUCCACUGUCACCUUGCUACUGUCACCCUGCCGCUGUCACCCUGUUACUCUCACUCAACCACCAAGCUGGAAAAACCUUAUGUUUCAACUAUGUUGUCACCUAAAAUAAUAUUGUUAUAUAUAUCAGAGGAAUUCGAAGAAGUGUUUGACUUGCAACAAUGAUCGAUCCCGUCUGUGACAUUCAUCAAUGUUUCCCAUUGUUGUGUUUUUCAAGAGAUCCAUAACCUUUA